UCCGGAAGUCGAUCUACUCCAUUCAAUUCAUCUGAACGAAACGGGUAGUAUUUUUUUGUGAAUUUUAAUAUCUACAACACGGGAUAGAAACGUAAUAUAAAUAUGCGGAGAAGAACUGAAGCUCAGGGGUCUCACAGUGAGUCAGACAACGUUUCUAAAACGACAACAAAUCCCAGACAUAGCGCGUCUGCCCCUGAGAAAGACAGAAUCUCAUGCAGCUCUGUGCUUUUGAACACUGGAAAGUGUUUGCUUUUCGUCAUCUUGGUCCCUCCAUUCCUCAACUAUGCAUCAUUGCAAAGAGAAGGACAGAUGCUCUUGCCGAAAGGUGGUCAGAUGAUUGAUGUUGGCUUAGGACAAAAAAUGCAUCUGUUGUGCAAAGGGCAAGGUCAACCAGUCGUCAUACUGGAUGCCCCAACUGGAAUGUCUUCAGACAUUUGGCUUCAUGUCCAAGAUGACCUGUCUACAAUAACAAAAGUUUGUGCCUAUGACAGAAUGGGCCUCGGCUUCAGUAAACGACUGAUGCAGAACGAGUCCACCGGUACUGAGAAGGUUUGGGGCUUGUCAACAACUGGACGAAUGGUGGAUGACCUCCAUAGACUCUUGGCUGCAGCUGAGUUAGCAAAGCCUUUCAUCUUGGUGGGCUCUGAACUCGGAGCUUUUAACAGUCGAUUCUACAGUCACAUUCAUGAUGCGCAAGUGACGGACCUGGUGAUGAUUGAUCCAAUUCCUGAGGGGGUUUUUGACAUGGACCUGUGGAAGCAAUAUUGGUUUGGUUCCCUGCUGCCGUCCCUUCAAGCCAAGCAGUUCUCUGCAGCCACUGGCCUCACUCGCCUGCUCAUCAUUUUGGGAGCUGUGGAGCCACCAAUCAUGGGAGAGAACAUCUCGGAAGAAGUCGUCCAGCGCCAGAAGUUUCUCAUGUGCAACCCUGCUCACCAGAGCGGUGCUGUGGAUGAACAUUACUUUCUGAACGAAAGUGCCGCUCAAGUCAGAGACAUCUCCAAGUUCAAGCCACUGACCAGCAGAACCUCCAUCAGCAUCAUCACUGGGGACUCUUUUGACCUGGACCUCCCAGAGGAGCUCAACCAGAUGGUGACGACGCUUCAGAGGACGUUUCUGAGGGAAUCCUACCCAUCGGCCAAUCACGUUCACAUAAAAGGAGCAGACAGGCGAAUGAUCUACAGGAAGCCAUCUGCCAUGCUCCAGCACCUGAGGAGGCUGGUCCACCAGCGACAAGCCAACCAGCGAAGCCACUGACCCGCACAGUCACCGAUACCAAUCCAGCGACGUACUCACGUUAUCGUAUUUGCUUAUGUUCCCCGGAGCAGUUGGUGAAGAUUAUCUGGGCAGGUUUUUUAUGUGCCACAUUUCUGAACAUAUUUUUUCUAAUUGAGCGUUUCUGGGGGCUAUUUAGAGAGAUGGAAUAUUCGCGCUUAGAUUCAGAUAUCCGCCCAGUUAUUCCCAGUUACGACGCACACAGAACUGAUCCGUUAAAAGGCCAGGCACACACACACACACACACACACACACGUUCUGUCUUAAGAGUCUCAAUGUUCUCGGUAGACUGCGUCCCAGUCAUUUGUCACAGAUAUAAUUAAGUUUGAUCAGCAGCAGACCUCUGAUUCGAUUCCUUCUUUCAGCCACUCUCUGACUGGAGGCGCUAAGGUGAGCCGCGCACGAAGAAGUCCACCACACUUGUGUAUCCUGAGGAUUUAAGUUUAAUUAUGACACCACAUCAAAAUAAAAAUUUCCAACAGAUCUGGAAUUGAAUUCCAUCCAUAUACAUGCAUAGCAACAACGUUUUAAGAAACAUUUUUCUCCCAUAAUCAGGACAUUGGAAUGAUCAUCAGUUUUCCCACUGACCUCCCACCCGACUUGUUCGGCAACAAUAAACUUAAUUCUUGUACAAGGUCUUUUUUCGCCCUAGCAGGGUUACAAAUAGUAUAUGCACACUCCCCAUUUUGUAAUACUGCUUUUCAGUAAGGUUCCCUCUUUUACAAAGUAUUGCAUCGAGAGCAAAUUCUAAAAAGGGAGAACAAAGUGUUAUCAUCAAACAGAAAUACGAGUACUAUACAAGAAUGCUGCCAUCCUCAUGAAAACAUCCACAUCUGAUUCGAAGAAAAGAGACGGAGACAAACAGCCACAUAUGAAUGCAAAGCCGUGUGUAUGUGCCGAAAUGUGAGACGCAGCUUGGCGCCUGCUCUUCACUGCCGCGGGGGAGUUAAGAGGCCAAACAAGUCCUCGGUACAAGUCUGCAGUCCACAUUCGGGGCGUAUACACAAAGUGGUACAGCAAAUAAGAAUACAAGUGCCUUAGUAGCUAUUUUUGUGUCUACAAUGCAUCUCAUCAUUUUUGUGUUGUCUAUUGAUUCAUUGAUCCUACAUUACAGUGUAAACAAUAUGUGUGCUACACAAGAAUGACUAUACAAUAACAUUACAAACAACUCUGAUAUAAAUUUCAUUUGAAUUUAAAUUAAAGUCACUACUCCUAUUAAUACUGAUUGUAAAAUAAAUUAAUGAGAAAUUGGCACCGAUAUUAUUCUUGAUUCUUUUUUUUUCCCUUUUCAACCAAAUGGUUUUGCAUUUUUAAGUCUCAAAAUGACCAAAGAAGAAUCUUCUCUUGAUUGUCCACAAGCAGCGAGUAGCACUGCAUGAUGCACUAUUCCAGACACAACAGUGUACCAAAAACAAAGAAGAAAAAGG